AUGAAGAAAGCAGACUUUAUGGAUCUGACACCCCUGCAGAUAAAUAUUGCAAAAAAGGAGAAACAUGAUGAUGGAUCUCAGUUCCGAUUUUCUGAGGCGACUCCUUUUCGUUUUGAUGAAGGAAUGCCAUCACAUUUGAAAGCGAAGUAUCAGUACACUGAAUUUGAAGAAUUCAGAACUGUAAAUAUCACUAAAAAAGGACGAGCACAGCAGGAGAGUAAUCCGUUCCAGCUCUCAAGGAAAUACUUAAAGCCCAUUCCAAUUUGUGACAAAAAACUCAAAGAUAUUAUGUCAUUAAUGCCAUACAUACCAGAAAGGAUACUUGAACAGCAAGGAGCAGGCGGCAAGGAGCAGGCGGCAAGGAGCAGGCGGCAAGGAGCAGGCGGCAAGGAGCAGGCGGCAAGGAGCAGGCGGCAAGGAGCAGGCGGCAAGGAGCAGGCGGCAAGGAGCAGGCGGCAAGGAGCAGGCGGCAAGGAGCAGGCGGCAAGGAGCAGGCGGCAAGGAGCAGGCGGCAAGGAGCAGGCGGCAAGGAGCAGGCGGCAAGGAGCAGGCGGCAAGGAGCAGGCGGCAAGGAGCAGGCGGCAAGGAGCAGGCGGCAAGGAGCAGGCGGCAAGGAGCAGGCGGCAAGGAGCAGGCGGCAAGGAGCAGGCGGCAAGGAGCAGGCGGCAAGGAGCAGGCGGCAAGGAGCAGGCGGCAAGGAGCAGGCGGCAAGGAGCAGGCGGCAAGGAGCAGGCGGCAAGGAGCAGGCGGCAAGGAGCAGGCGGCAAGGAGCAGGCGGCAAGGAGCAGGCGGCAAGGAGCAGGCGGCAAGGAGCAGGCGGCAAGGAGCAGGCGGCAAGGAGCAGGCGGCAAGGAGCAGGCGGCAAGGAGCAGGCGGCAAGGAGCAGGCGGCAAGGAGCAGGCGGCAAGGAGCAGGCGGCAAGGAGCAGGCGGCAAGGAGCAGGCGGCAAGGAGCAGGCGGCAAGGAGCAGGCGGCAAGGAGCAGGCGGCAAGGAGCAGGCGGCAAGGAGCAGGCGGCAAGGAGCAGGCGGCAAGGAGCAGGCGGCAAGGAGCAGGCGGCAAGGAGCAGGCGGCAAGGAGCAGGCGGCAAGGAGCAGGCGGCAAGGAGCAGGCGGCAAGGAGCAGGCGGCAAGGAGCAGGCGGCAAGGAGCAGGCGGCAAGGAGCAGGCGGCAAGGAGCAGGCGGCAAGGAGCAGGCGGCAAGGAGCAGGCGGCAAGGAGCAGGCGGCAAGGAGCAGGCGGCAAGGAGCAGGCGGCAAGGAGCAGGCGGCAAGGAGCAGGCGGCAAGGAGCAGGCGGCAAGGAGCAGGCGGCAAGGAGCAGGCGGCAAGGAGCAGGCGGCAAGGAGCAGGCGGCAAGGAGCAGGCGGCAAGGAGCAGGCGGCAAGGAGCAGGCGGCAAGGAGCAGGCGGCAAGGAGCAGGCGGCAAGGAGCAGGCGGCAAGGAGCAGGCGGCAAGGAGCAGGCGGCAAGGAGCAGGCGGCAAGGAGCAGGCGGCAAGGAGCAGGCGGCAAGGAGCAGGCGGCAAGGAGCAGGCGGCAAGGAGCAGGCGGCAAGGAGCAGGCGGCAAGGAGCAGGCGGCAAGGAGCAGGCGGCAAGGAGCAGGCGGCAAGGAGCAGGCGGCAAGGAGCAGGCGGCAAGGAGCAGGCGGCAAGGAGCAGGCGGCAAGGAGCAGGCGGCAAGGAGCAGGCGGCAAGGAGCAGGCGGCAAGGAGCAGGCGGCAAGGAGCAGGCGGCAAGGAGCAGGCGGCAAGGAGCAGGCGGCAAGGAGCAGGCGGCAAGGAGCAGGCGGCAAGGAGCAGGCGGCAAGGAGCAGGCGGCAAGGAGCAGGCGGCAAGGAGCAGGCGGCAAGGAGCAGGCGGCAAGGAGCAGGCGGCAAGGAGCAGGCGGCAAGGAGCAGGCGGCAAGGAGCAGGCGGCAAGGAGCAGGCGGCAAGGAGCAGGCGGCAAGGAGCAGGCGGCAAGGAGCAGGCGGCAAGGAGCAGGCGGCAAGGAGCAGGCGGCAAGGAGCAGGCGGCAAGGAGCAGGCGGCAAGGAGCAGGCGGCAAGGAGCAGGCGGCAAGGAGCAGGCGGCAAGGAGCAGGCGGCAAGGAGCAGGCGGCAAGGAGCAGGCGGCAAGGAGCAGGCGGCAAGGAGCAGGCGGCAAGGAGCAGGCGGCAAGGAGCAGGCGGCAAGGAGCAGGCGGCAAGGAGCAGGCGGCAAGGAGCAGGCGGCAAGGAGCAGGCGGCAAGGAGCAGGCGGCAAGGAGCAGGCGGCAAGGAGCAGGCGGCAAGGAGCAGGCGGCAAGGAGCAGGCGGCAAGGAGCAGGCGGCAAGGAGCAGGCGGCAAGGAGCAGGCGGCAAGGAGCAGGCGGCAAGGAGCAGGCGGCAAGGAGCAGGCGGCAAGGAGCAGGCGGCAAGGAGCAGGCGGCAAGGAGCAGGCGGCAAGGAGCAGGCGGCAAGGAGCAGGCGGCAAGGAGCAGGCGGCAAGGAGCAGGCGGCAAGGAGCAGGCGGCAAGGAGCAGGCGGCAAGGAGCAGGCGGCAAGGAGCAGGCGGCAAGGAGCAGGCGGCAAGGAGCAGGCGGCAAGGAGCAGGCGGCAAGGAGCAGGCGGCAAGGAGCAGGCGGCAAGGAGCAGGCGGCAAGGAGCAGGCGGCAAGGAGCAGGCGGCAAGGAGCAGGCGGCAAGGAGCAGGCGGCAAGGAGCAGGCGGCAAGGAGCAGGCGGCAAGGAGCAGGCGGCAAGGAGCAGGCGGCAAGGAGCAGGCGGCAAGGAGCAGGCGGCAAGGAGCAGGCGGCAAGGAGCAGGCGGCAAGGAGCAGGCGGCAAGGAGCAGGCGGCAAGGAGCAGGCGGCAAGGAGCAGGCGGCAAGGAGCAGGCGGCAAGGAGCAGGCGGCAAGGAGCAGGCGGCAAGGAGCAGGCGGCAAGGAGCAGGCGGCAAGGAGCAGGCGGCAAGGAGCAGGCGGCAAGGAGCAGGCGGCAAGGAGCAGGCGGCAAGGAGCAGGCGGCAAGGAGCAGGCGGCAAGGAGCAGGCGGCAAGGAGCAGGCGGCAAGGAGCAGGCGGCAAGGAGCAGGCGGCAAGGAGCAGGCGGCAAGGAGCAGGCGGCAAGGAGCAGGCGGCAAGGAGCAGGCGGCAAGGAGCAGGCGGCAAGGAGCAGGCGGCAAGGAGCAGGCGGCAAGGAGCAGGCGGCAAGGAGCAGGCGGCAAGGAGCAGGCGGCAAGGAGCAGGCGGCAAGGAGCAGGCGGCAAGGAGCAGGCGGCAAGGAGCAGGCGGCAAGGAGCAGGCGGCAAGGAGCAGGCGGCAAGGAGCAGGCGGCAAGGAGCAGGCGGCAAGGAGCAGGCGGCAAGGAGCAGGCGGCAAGGAGCAGGCGGCAAGGAGCAGGCGGCAAGGAGCAGGCGGCAAGGAGCAGGCGGCAAGGAGCAGGCGGCAAGGAGCAGGCGGCAAGGAGCAGGCGGCAAGGAGCAGGCGGCAAGGAGCAGGCGGCAAGGAGCAGGCGGCAAGGAGCAGGCGGCAAGGAGCAGGCGGCAAGGAGCAGGCGGCAAGGAGCAGGCGGCAAGGAGCAGGCGGCAAGGAGCAGGCGGCAAGGAGCAGGCGGCAAGGAGCAGGCGGCAAGGAGCAGGCGGCAAGGAGCAGGCGGCAAGGAGCAGGCGGCAAGGAGCAGGCGGCAAGGAGCAGGCGGCAAGGAGCAGGCGGCAAGGAGCAGGCGGCAAGGAGCAGGCGGCAAGGAGCAGGCGGCAAGGAGCAGGCGGCAAGGAGCAGGCGGCAAGGAGCAGGCGGCAAGGAGCAGGCGGCAAGGAGCAGGCGGCAAGGAGCAGGCGGCAAGGAGCAGGCGGCAAGGAGCAGGCGGCAAGGAGCAGGCGGCAAGGAGCAGGCGGCAAGGAGCAGGCGGCAAGGAGCAGGCGGCAAGGAGCAGGCGGCAAGGAGCAGGCGGCAAGGAGCAGGCGGCAAGGAGCAGGCGGCAAGGAGCAGGCGGCAAGGAGCAGGCGGCAAGGAGCAGGCGGCAAGGAGCAGGCGGCAAGGAGCAGGCGGCAAGGAGCAGGCGGCAAGGAGCAGGCGGCAAGGAGCAGGCGGCAAGGAGCAGGCGGCAAGGAGCAGGCGGCAAGGAGCAGGCGGCAAGGAGCAGGCGGCAAGGAGCAGGCGGCAAGGAGCAGGCGGCAAGGAGCAGGCGGCAAGGAGCAGGCGGCAAGGAGCAGGCGGCAAGGAGCAGGCGGCAAGGAGCAGGCGGCAAGGAGCAGGCGGCAAGGAGCAGGCGGCAAGGAGCAGGCGGCAAGGAGCAGGCGGCAAGGAGCAGGCGGCAAGGAGCAGGCGGCAAGGAGCAGGCGGCAAGGAGCAGGCGGCAAGGAGCAGGCGGCAAGGAGCAGGCGGCAAGGAGCAGGCGGCAAGGAGCAGGCGGCAAGGAGCAGGCGGCAAGGAGCAGGCGGCAAGGAGCAGGCGGCAAGGAGCAGGCGGCAAGGAGCAGGCGGCAAGGAGCAGGCGGCAAGGAGCAGGCGGCAAGGAGCAGGCGGCAAGGAGCAGGCGGCAAGGAGCAGGCGGCAAGGAGCAGGCGGCAAGGAGCAGGCGGCAAGGAGCAGGCGGCAAGGAGCAGGCGGCAAGGAGCAGGCGGCAAGGAGCAGGCGGCAAGGAGCAGGCGGCAAGGAGCAGGCGGCAAGGAGCAGGCGGCAAGGAGCAGGCGGCAAGGAGCAGGCGGCAAGGAGCAGGCGGCAAGGAGCAGGCGGCAAGGAGCAGGCGGCAAGGAGCAGGCGGCAAGGAGCAGGCGGCAAGGAGCAGGCGGCAAGGAGCAGGCGGCAAGGAGCAGGCGGCAAGGAGCAGGCGGCAAGGAGCAGGCGGCAAGGAGCAGGCGGCAAGGAGCAGGCGGCAAGGAGCAGGCGGCAAGGAGCAGGCGGCAAGGAGCAGGCGGCAAGGAGCAGGCGGCAAGGAGCAGGCGGCAAGGAGCAGGCGGCAAGGAGCAGGCGGCAAGGAGCAGGCGGCAAGGAGCAGGCGGCAAGGAGCAGGCGGCAAGGAGCAGGCGGCAAGGAGCAGGCGGCAAGGAGCAGGCGGCAAGGAGCAGGCGGCAAGGAGCAGGCGGCAAGGAGCAGACGGCAAGGAGCAGACGGCAAGGAGCAGACGGCAAGGAGCAGACGGCAAGGAGCAGACGGCAAGGAGCAGACGGCAAGGAGCAGACGGCAAGGAGCAGACGGCAAGGAGCAGACGGCAAGGAGCAGACGGCAAGGAGCAGACGGCAAGGAGCAGACGGCAAGGAGCAGACGGCAAGGAGCAGACGGCAAGGAGCAGACGGCAAGGAGCAGACGGCAAGGAGCAGACGGCAAGGAGCAGACGGCAAGGAGCAGACGGCAAGGAGCAGACGGCAAGGAGCAGACGGCAAGGAGCAGACGGCAAGGAGCAGACGGCAAGGAGCAGACGGCAAGGAGCAGACGGCAAGGAGCAGACGGCAAGGAGCAGACGGCAAGGAGCAGACGGCAAGGAGCAGACGGCAAGGAGCAGACGGCAAGGAGCAGACGGCAAGGAGCAGACGGCAAGGAGCAGACGGCAAGGAGCAGACGGCAAGGAGCAGACGGCAAGGAGCAGACGGCAAGGAGCAGACGGCAAGGAGCAGACGGCAAGGAGCAGACGUGAGAGCGGGGCGGCGCGAGAGGGAGAGCGGGGCGGCGCGAGAGGGAGAGCGGGGCGGCGCGAGAGGGAGAGCGGGGCGGCGCGAGAGGGAGAGCGGGGCGGCGCGAGAGGGAGAGCGGGGCGGCGCGAGAGGGAGAGCGGGGCGGCGCGAGAGGGAGAGCGGGGCGGCGCGAGAGGGAGAGCGGGGCGGCGCGAGAGGGAGAGCGGGGCGGCGCGAGAGGGAGAGCGGGGCGGCGCGAGAGGGAGAGCGGGGCGGCGCGAGAGGGAGAGCGGGGCGGCGCGAGAGGGAGAGCGGGGCGGCGCGAGAGGGAGAGCGGGGCGGCGCGAGAGGGAGAGCGGGGCGGCGCGAGAGGGAGAGCGGGGCGGCGCGAGAGGGAGAGCGGGGCGGCGCGAGAGGGAGAGCGGGGCGGCGCGAGAGGGAGAGCGGGGCGGCGCGAGAGGGAGAGCGGGGCGGCGCGAGAGGGAGAGCGGGGCGGCGCGAGAGGGAGAGCGGGGCGGCGCGAGAGGGAGAGCGGGGCGGCGCGAGAGGGAGAGCGGGGCGGCGCGAGAGGGAGAGCGGGGCGGCGCGAGAGGGAGAGCGGGGCGGCGCGAGAGGGAGAGCGGGGCGGCGCGAGAGGGAGAGCGGGGCGGCGCGAGAGGGAGAGCGGGGCGGCGCGAGAGGGAGAGCGGGGCGGCGCGAGAGGGAGAGCGGGGCGGCGCGAGAGGGAGAGCGGGGCGGCGCGAGAGGGAGAGCGGGGCGGCGCGAGAGGGAGAGCGGGGCGGCGCGAGAGGGAGAGCGGGGCGGCGCGAGAGGGAGAGCGGGGCGGCGCGAGAGGGAGAGCGGGGCGGCGCGAGAGGGAGAGCGGGGCGGCGCGAGAGGGAGAGCGGGGCGGCGCGAGAGGGAGAGCGGGGCGGCGCGAGAGGGAGAGCGGGGCGGCGCGAGAGGGAGAGCGGGGCGGCGCGAGAGGGAGAGGGAGAGAUGAGAGCGGGGCGGCGCGAGAGGGAGAGCGGGGCGGCGCGAGAGGGAGAGCGGGGCGGCGCGAGAGGGAGAGCGGGGCGGCGCGAGAGGGAGAGCGGGGCGGCGCGAGAGGGAGAGCGGGGCGGCGCGAGAGGGAGAGCGGGGCGGCGCGAGAGGGAGAGCGGGGCGGCGCGAGAGGGAGAGCGGGGCGGCGCGAGAGGGAGAGCGGGGCGGCGCGAGAGGGAGAGCGGGGCGGCGCGAGAGGGAGAGCGGGGCGGCGCGAGAGGGAGAGCGGGGCGGCGCGAGAGGGAGAGCGGGGCGGCGCGAGAGGGAGAGCGGGGCGGCGCGAGAGGGAGAGCGGGGCGGCGCGAGAGGGAGAGCGGGGCGGCGCGAGAGGGAGAGCGGGGCGGCGCGAGAGGGAGAGCGGGGCGGCGCGAGAGGGAGAGCGGGGCGGCGCGAGAGGGAGAGCGGGGCGGCGCGAGAGGGAGAGCGGGGCGGCGCGAGAGGGAGAGCGGGGCGGCGCGAGAGGGAGAGCGGGGCGGCGCGAGAGGGAGAGCGGGGCGGCGCGAGAGGGAGAGCGGGGCGGCGCGAGAGGGAGAGCGGGGCGGCGCGAGAGGGAGAGCGGGGCGGCGCGAGAGGGAGAGCGGGGCGGCGCGAGAGGGAGAGCGGGGCGGCGCGAGAGGGAGAGCGGGGCGGCGCGAGAGGGAGAGCGGGGCGGCGCGAGAGGGAGAGCGGGGCGGCGCGAGAGGGAGAGCGGGGCGGCGCGAGAGGGAGAGCGGGGCGGCGCGAGAGGGAGAGCGGGGCGGCGCGAGAGGGAGAGCGGGGCGGCGCGAGAGGGAGAGCGGGGCGGCGCGAGAGGGAGAGCGGGGCGGCGCGAGAGGGAGAGCGGGGCGGCGCGAGAGGGAGAGCGGGGCGGCGCGAGAGGGAGAGCGGGGCGGCGCGAGAGGGAGAGCGGGGCGGCGCGAGAGGGAGAGCGGGGCGGCGCGAGAGGGAGAGGGAGAGAGUCAACUAACUUAG